GGUGAUCCUGUGGCCUUUCAUCCUCUGGAUUCUGUAGAGCUGAGCCUGCCCCUCACCAAGGCUGUCCUGCCGAACCUCCAGGUUGUCCUGUCCAGGAUGGGGUCGUGGAUGGAACUAGGUGGCUCAGCCUUCCAAAUGCUAGGCACCGUGGCUGCAGUCUGGUGGCUUCUGCGGGUAGCCUGGUGGCUGGGCCAUGCCCUGCUGGUCUAUGGGCUACCCCAGGUUGGCCUGGGCCUUGGCAUUUCUCUCAGGAAGCAAGGGGCCUGGGCAGUGGUAACCGGGGCCACAAGUGGAAUCGGCAGGAGCUAUGCUCAUGAGCUGGCCCGAAGAGGCCUCAACGUUGUACUGGUGAGCCGAGAUCUCAGCAAGUUACAUCGGGAGGCAGAGGACAUUGAGAGACUCCAUGGUAAGGAAACAAGAGUCAUCCAGGUGGACUUCACUGAAGGCUUAGAGAUCUAUGAGACAGUUGAGAGAGGCUUGGAGGGCCUAGACAUCGGCAUUCUAGUGAACAACGUUGGAGUAGCUCCCAAGAUAAUCCCCCAGAAGCUAAUGGAUGUGAAGAAUGUAGGCAAGAGUUUCACAGACAUGAUGAAUUGUAACAUGCUGUCAAUGGUUCAGAUGACCCGGAUCAUCCUGCCUCAGAUGGUAGCCAGGGGACGAGGAGUCAUCAUCAACAUAUCCUCUAUGGCUGGCAGACAGCCUUCCCCAUUCUUGGCAUUAUAUGGGGCUACUAAGGUAAAUGGGUCCCAGACCCUUUCAAGUUACCAGGAAGAAGAAAGAGGUUCAGAGAUGGGGAUGGAAUGAACAGAGUGUCCCAUG